GGGAUCUCGCGUCACCAAACGCGCCGUCGCUGGGGGCGACAGAGGAGCCGCGAGGGCGGGGACGGUGGCCGUUUGGCGCCGUUGGGCUCGGGGGCCCCGCCAUGGCGAAGCAGUACGACACGGUGGACUGUCCCUUCUGCGACGAGGUGUCCAAGUACGAGAAGCUGGCGAAGAUUGGGCAGGGCACGUUCGGGGAAGUGUUCAAAGCAAAACAUCGACAGACUGGCAAGAAGGUGGCUCUGAAGAAAGUGUUGAUGGAAAAUGAGAAGGAGGGGUUCCCCAUCACAGCCCUACGUGAGAUCAAAAUCCUUCAGCUGCUCAAGCAUGAGAAUGUGGUGAACCUCAUAGAAAUCUGCAGGACCAAAGCCUCCCCAUACAAUCGCUGCAAGGGCAGCAUCUAUCUGGUGUUCGAUUUCUGUGAGCACGAUCUCGCAGGCCUCCUCAGCAACGCCCAUGUGAAGUUCACGCUGUCUGAGAUCAAGAAAGUGAUGCAGAUGUUGCUGAAUGGACUUUACUACAUCCACAGGAAUAAGAUCUUGCACCGGGAUAUGAAAGCUGCAAAUGUACUGAUCACCCGAGAUGGGGUCCUGAAACUGGCAGACUUUGGUUUGGCUCGAGCCUUCAGCCUGGCAAAAAACAGUCAGCCCAACCGCUACACCAACCGGGUGGUGACUCUGUGGUAUCGGCCUCCGGAGCUUCUCUUAGGGGAACGGGACUAUGGCCCCCCCAUUGAUCUCUGGGGUGCAGGCUGCAUCAUGGCAGAGAUGUGGACUCGCAGCCCCAUCAUGCAGGGGAACACGGAACAACACCAGCUCACUCUCAUCAGCCAGCUCUGUGGAUCCAUUACUCCAGAGGUUUGGCUAAAUGUGGAUAAGUAUGAGCUGUACCAGAAACUGGACCUGCCCAAGGGCCAAAAGCGCAAGGUUAAAGAUCGCCUGAAAGCCUAUGUCAAAGACCCAUACGCUCUGGAUCUUAUAGACAAACUGCUCGUUCUGGAUCCUGCCCAAAGAAUAGACAGUGACGAUGCAUUGAAUCAUGACUUCUUCUGGUCGGACCCGAUGCCCUCUGAUCUCAAGAACAUGCUCUCCACCCACAAUCAAUCAAUGUUUGAGUACCUGGCUCCACCCAGGAGAAGAGGUGGACACAUGCCGCAGCAGCCAGCUAAUCAGGGCAGGAAUCCAGCUGCAACCAAUCAGACAGAGUUUGACAGAGUGUUUUGACUGGUGGGGGCCCGGAAAAGUGAGUAGGGAGCAGGCUGAGUUUUCUUUGAAAUACCCUUACGUUCUUCAGUCUCUUGUAGCAGCAGCUCUGAUGGAAAGGAGCUGCAGGGCCUGGUCUGAGAUAUUGGGCUGGACGAACUGUCUGGAACAAUUGUGGGCAUAAAGGAAGGGGGCUGUCCCUAGAUGUCCUUGGGAGCUGUUUCCAAGGGCCUGGGAUCAUCUCUCAGCCUAUCUGGUCCAGAGUUUCUGCCUCAGCCCCCAGAAAUAGCAUCUCUUUACCAGUAGCUGGAUCUAAUGGGUCAUUUCUGUUGGGGAGCCACUGUUGGAGAAGAUUUUGUCACUGCCCAAGCUUUACAGCACUGGAGAACAUGACUGGGUGACUCAGUAAUUGAACUGCUGCUGCAGCUGGCAGGAUAGAUCGGCUCACUUUGGGAACUGCCUCAGAUCUCUUCUGAAUUGCUCAUGUGUGGCUACAGUUCCCCAUGUGGUCCUUCCUUCUGCAGGGAGCUUCCCUUGUUGUGUGUAGGGUGGGGGUCGCAUUGCUGAGUGCCACUGAGCUCUUUGUGCGUGUCUUCCUUGUGUGGAGCCAGUGGGAUUGGUACAGACAAAACGCCUCCAAAUUCAAGAACUAGCUCACACCAUGUUCAAGACUAGCAAGUCCUUCUGGUUCAGACAGGGUCAGAGCCUAUGAGAAACAAAGGGUCGCAGCGACUAAUCAGGAGGAAGCAGGGGUGCUCAUUACUGUUGCUCUGACCAGGAGGAUCCGUCUGAGUCGUUGCUUUCAACACAAGUUCAUCAUGCUUUGUGUUCAGCCUACUGCCACUUUUGGUUGUAAACUGCAAUUAAAAUUCCCUUUCUUAGA